AUGGCAUUGCACGACGCUACGCUGCCCCAUUUGCGCUGGGAGCUUUACCAACGAUGGAAGAGCUACGGCGAUGGAAAUGCUAUUGUGUCCUCCAAUGAUGACAAGACCAGCUAUUGUCAGCUAGUGCGGCAAGUUGAAAGCAAAUAUGCGGCGCUCAGCAACAAUGAACUGCAGGCGAGAGAGGUUGUGGCCCUGGGAGACGCGAUGGGCGUCGAAAUGGUGGCUACUCUUGUGGCCUGCUGGCUACGGGGGCUGACGGUGGUAUUGGUCGACGGGAGCCAGCCCGAGGCACGCCGGCGGCGGCUCCUUGGCAUUGCGGCACCGUCCCUGAUUGUCGACCAUGAUGGCGAGGUGGCCAGGGGUGUUGCCAAUGCACGACAUUGCAUCUAUUAG